AUGUCUUCCUCCAACAGCUGGCUGCGCGCCCAGCGCAAGACCGAGCUUAUCGAGCUCGCCGAGAACGUCGGCCUGCAAAACUACGAGAGCUUCAAGAAGCUCGAGCUCGAGGUCGCACUCGAUUCCUUCCUCGCCGAGAAUCAGUCGCGCUUCGCCGCGAACCCAGACCUGACAGGCUACUUCAACAGCCGCUCCAAGGCCUUGGGCUCCCCCGUUAAGAGGGAGACGCGCAAAGACGACGAGGACAAGGGCCUGAAGGUCGCCCGCCGAAGACCUAGCAAGUUGUCUGAAGAGAUCACGCCUGAGAGCGAUGAGCCUCGUGCAUCUACUACUGCCCUCAUCCAAACGCCUGGUCGCAGCCUCUCCCAGGUCGCCGCGCGCAUUCCUCUACCCGCUACGCCCGCCGACGUGGCUCUGGCCGUCGACCGUUCGACCCAGGUCGUGCGCGAGCGCGUUUCCUCCAUGUAUCAGGAGAGCGGCAUCACUGAGGUCAGCAACGCGACGCGCGAGACCCUCAGCACCGUCACCAGCAUCCUCUUCUGUGUUGCCGCCUUCGAGCUGUGGAACGUUCGUCGCGAGAUCCUCUCCAACACGUUUGCCUUCACCAUCCCGGCCAUUAGCUUCAUCGGUUCUCCCGAUUACCCUGUUUACGUUCCUGACAUGUUCCUGCUUCUCACAUCAGGCUUCUGGUCUCCGGCUCUGACCUGGGCCUUGACCAGUGGUGUCAUUCCCUGCUUCGUUGGCUACUUCUUCAACUUGAGCGCCAACAGCGCCCCUUCCAACCGUCGCCGCUCUAGCAGCCACAACGCCGAGUAUGUCGUUGACCCCUUGACUUUCAGCAUCGUCAAGGCUCUCGUGUCGUACGUCGUCUACGCUCAGGGCGUUAACUUUGGUGGUCUGUUGUCCGAGAGCUCCAUCUUGCGUUUAAACGAAGCUGUCUACGGCGGCUACAAGGGUAUGCUGGUCGGCACUGCCAUCACUGGUCUAGUCAGCAUCUACGAUGCUGUGCUGAGGAAAUGA